UGCUAAAUCUUGUGGUGGCAAAUGGACAUUAAUGUGGUACAGCUUUUAACGUUCCCGGAUCGUCUAUAAAAACCAGUCGAGGUCCGUAAGAUCUGUCUGCUGAAUGUAUUCAGCAUAACAUAUUGCAGAGAAGUCUGAGCAAGACCACGUUCUUAAGCAGUGAAGGACUAUUCAUUGCGAGACAAGGUCGUGACAUUACAGCUAUAUAUAAAAAGUUAGGUAAAUCAUUUAAUGUCUCUGUCGUCACAGCCAGUAGCUUCGCACGUGACUGUCUGCUAAACCCACCUCUGGCGUUGGGAAGGUACAUUUGCUUAUGUACGAUACGACAGUAACUGGGCAACGCCAAGUUCCACGCAUUCAUCACAUUGGACAUAUUCGCUCACAACUACCAUUAUGUAAUGUGGCUGCAGAACUGGUGAUCCAUGACACUUGGGAACAGCAAGGACUGUCGCACUGUAAGUCGUUAUCUGGUUGGUCUUCUUCAAAGGAUCCGUAUAUUCCUCGAUCAUGGCAGCCUCUGUAAAUGUAGGUUUGUAAUUUGGAGAUCUUUUGUCAGGAUCAAAGAAGAGAGGUGUAAGUAUAAAAAAGUAAGGGUAAAAAGAGGUAAGUAGGGUAAGUAUUUGUCAUGUACUAUUGUGCACACUCAGAUCAACCGUCUAGGUAACAGCAAAGUGUAUAGGGUUAAAGGUUAGGCCUCCCUACUAUAGGACAUCCUCCCUUCCGUAGGCUGUAUUUGCAGAUGUCCCUCGGAAGCAACGAUGGAACCUUUUCAGCUAGUCUCAUCAUCGGAGUCUCAUCAUGGUCAACUCACAUCGUCUGACGUAUGUAUCAAAUGGACAGUCCUGUCAGCAGGUAAGUUCCUUGAUUGUUUUUUUUAAAUGGCAAAGCGUGGACUUAAAAGGGUCUAUUAAUGAUGGACCUUUUCCUUUUACCAGCUUCUAUAAUUUAUUUAUGGCUAGUCCAUAUAUCCUACACGUGUCAACUCUUUUCUUUACGUCGACGAUUUUGUUUUUAAUAUCCAGAUAGCACAACUCACGAUUCCACCACGACGCCACUUCCGGGUUAUGCUUUGCCGAGACGGAAUCUGGAAGAGUCGUGUGGAAAUGAUAUAAAAACAUGGGGGCAAUGCUACAAAAAGAACACCGCGUGUAUCUACCCCAAAACAAGCUGGGGUCAGGGAGACCGAACGUGCCAGUGCAUUCACAACACUUUCAUGAUUGAGGACGAUGCCAGCAAUUUCAGCUGUGCCGAAAUUCCCAGUAAACUGUUUCCUGACACCAUUACCCGUGAGCUCCCCUCGGACGUCAAUCCGAACACUGAAGUGUAUGAGGCUGGCUUGAACUUCAACAACGUGGAAAUGACCUCCGUAGAUGUCAAGUACAGUCUGUACCCUGACGACACUUUCCUUUUAGUCAUGAAGAAUGGCCUCAACUUCACUGUCCUGACGAGCAAGCUUUUACCGCAGGCUAACGCCGUGUAUCUCUUUGUUCUUCAAGUCGAGGUUAAUGCCAAUGGCUUACAAGCCACUGAUACGACUACACUGAACAUCACUGUCAUUCGUACUUUUCCAAAAACUUCGCCUGAGAUAGGCGUUUUCCUGCUGGACGGUAGCCGGAAGGGGACCAUUGUGUUGACGUAACUUCCGCUCUCGGCAGUCUCGAUAACACUGAACUAAAACUACAGACAGAUACUGCUGUCGCCCUGUUUGAACUACAGUCCAACCGGAGGAUUGUGUGUGUCAAUGACGUCGACCUUAACAGCAUCAGAAUCAGCUCUGACGCUAUAGGUCAUGUGGUGACUUUGUCCCUGACGUCAUCAGGUCAGGUGGUCUUGGCCGUUAAGGUGGCUGUGAUUGUGGCGAGCACCAGACUCACAAUCCCAGAAAACAAUUUACCGAAUAAAAACGUUGUGACGUUCUCUUCUUUACGGGAAAGUUUCGACAUUGAAGAACAGCACCACCCUGUUGAUCUUCCUCUCAUCCUGACACCAAACCGCACAGCCAUUCAACUGACGCGGGGCCUGGACUUCGAGAAAGAUCCAAAAUCAUUUCAGGUUACUUUGUCUAUGCGGUUCCGUUCUAAUGCUUCGCUGUCUACGUCAGUAUCCAUUACAGUAAAUGUCACCGAUGAAAACGAUUCGCCCCCCAAUGUUUCAUGAAGAGAUGUUUAUCUUCACAGCGCCUUACGGUUCCGACAGCGGCACACUCGUUGGACAGCUGACAGUAGAAGACCAAGACUCUCUGAUUCAGAUAUUCUCUUUUAGGAUUCUACCUAGCCGAAACAGCAGUCUUUUCCGGAUUCGAGACUCUGCAGGGAUCAUUGAGGCCACGAAGAAAUUGCCAGAGGACGCGGGUCCCAAUGGUAUUGUCAUCAACGUGACUGUCUCUGAUGGCGUCAACACAAGCCCGACACCCACUAAAGUAAUCAUCUACGUGUCCAGUUAUACGCAGGAGUUUGAGCUGGUAGGAGGGAAUUACAGUCUGUCUAUUGUGGAGAAUAUACCGGUGGGAACAGAAGUCUUUAACUCAAGUCUGACCAAUUACACCGGGUAUCAACUGCUUCCAGCCAGCGUCUUGUACUUUUUCACCAUUAACCAGACGACGGGCAUCAUUCGCACGUUUAGGGAGAUAGACCGCGAGGGACGUGUGCCUCAAGAAAAUAUGAACGUCGUAGCCUUCCAAGGGAAUGAAAUCUGCAAGUUGAAGACUGUCAGCAAUAUCACGUUGACAAUCCUGGACGAGAACGACAACCCACCCGUCUUUGACACAUCGGUUAAUUAUGCUGUCAAGAUUCGAGAAAAUUCUCCAAAUGGGGCCUUUGUCUUUAAGUUCAGUGCGACCGAUAAAGAUUACAAGGAGAACGCAACCCUGACCUACAGCAUAACCAGCGGCAACAGUCCCUUCAGAAUUGACAGUGCCACUGGCAAUGUCACGGUCGCUGACUCUUCUCGUCUGGAUCGAGAAUUUUUGGACACACUUCGCUUGAACGUCACCGUGGUUGAUGGAGGGGCUAUUCUUCCACAGAAGUUGAGGAAAUCUGCCAGCAUCGAUUUGACCGUGACCCUGGAGGAUGAGAACGACAAUGAUCCUAUCUUUAAUCAAAGCGUUUACACCAUUAGUGUCUAUGAGAACAUCUCGAUCAACUCGAAUUUGAUUGUCGUGCGUGCAACAGACAGGGACAUUUACUUGAACGGGGAAAUCAGGUACAGUCUUGGUGACGGAGGAGGGAUGGGAUUCUUCAGCAUCAACAUCACAACGGGCCAGCUGCGAAACAGGGUGGCACUAGACCGAGAACAGUACGAAUCCUUCAAUUUCACUGUCAUCGCUUCUGACCUGGGAAGUCCUCCUCGCAGCUCUCUGGCUAGCAUUAUGGUCAAGGUGCUGGAUGUCAACGACAACAUUCCACAGUUCAAACAGGCAAUAUACCUAGCUACUAUAGACGAAGGAAUCAGCUGCUGGAACAAAUCUUUUGUCAAAGUGACUGCAGAGGACAAGGAUUUUGGUUCCAACGGCGAGAUCGUCUAUAACUUACAGAGUGACCUGCUGGUCAUAAACUCCAGUACUGGCGAGGUAACUUGCCAAGCUGCAGGUUUAGACUACGAGAACGAAACACAGCGUACCUUCGAAGUGGUGGUACGAGCUUCUGACAAGGGCACCCCUCCUCUAAACAGUACCUCCGUCAUACGGGUAACUCUGCGAGACGUCAACGACAACGCCCCUGUCUUCAUCAACGCUCCCUACAACAUCAGCGUGCGUGUGGAGACGUUUGAUACCUUGGACAGCCCUAUCUUCGUGUUUUCUGUGCAAGACAAGGACUCCGGAGAGAACCGUGAGGUGGACUUUAGACUGACCAACCCGAGUCCAGACGGCGCCGGGCUGCUGACUGUGAGUAACCUUGUACUGAGAGUCAACAGGACUGGACGCCCAUCGUUGAAGACCUUCUCCUACACUGUCAUCGCCACCGACAGGGGGAGGCCGCCGCUCAGCAGCUCGGCUUCUGUCUACAUUUAUGUCAGCGACUAUGGGACUAGCCGUGUUACCUUCGACCCGAAAGACUUCUUAGUUAAAAUUGUGGAAGAGAAGUCUUAUGACGAGUCCAGUGGUACUCCCAUCGACCAGCUGACAAUUACUAAACAGUCAUUUCCCCCAGUCUUCUCUCUAGUCGGUGCCAGCAGUUUUAGUGUCAACAGUUCGACCGGUCACCUGUUUAGCAGCAAAGUGUGGGAUAGAGAACGAGACAAAGACUCCGCCGAACUCACCAUCAUGGCCAAGGCAUCGGUUGGGGCUGAUGUUGAUUAUGCCUUGGUGAGAAUCAUCUUGCUGGACAUAAACGACAACUCUCCCACAAUAUUGACUAAUCCCUCGGCACUGCUUGGCACUGUGGGUGAAGAUGCAGCACAGGAUACGUUCAUCAUUUCCUUAGAAGCUACCGACCCCGACGAAGGACGAAACGGGACCGUCAUCUUCUCGCUGACGAGCGGAACACCUUUUAGGAUUGAAACCGAAAACACAACAGGAAAAAUCCUGGUCAACGGCUCGUUGGACAGAGAACUAAAGGAAGAAUAUGUUCUCACGGUCUUGGUGCGGGAUAAUGCGAUGGCACCUAGGAGUGUGUCCACUUCAGUCACCAUCCUGAUCGAGGACGUCAACGACAAUGCCCCCACCUUUGUCAACGUGGCUACCGUAAUUGUUCCAGAGAAUACACAAAGGGGAGAGGAGGUGGCUAUUGUUAAUGCUACAGAUCCCGACAAAGGAAAAAAUGGUACUGUGACCUAUUUAAUUGAUAACAGCACUGCUUGUCCAUUCGAAAUUCAAAUAGUGGCGAUUUCCCAAACUGAGAAAGUCGGGAUCCUGUUGUUGAUAGAAGAUUUAGACUACGAGACUGUAAACAAGUACACAUGUAUCAUUGAGGCCUCAGACCAAGGUGACAUCAGGCUGUCCUCCACCGCCAGCUUCACCAUCCUCGUCACCGACAUCAACGACAACGCCCCCGUCAUACACAGCGCUGUCAGCAGCGUCAGCGUGUCACGCGACAUCGGCGUGACUACGUCCUUGUGGAGUCGAUAAACGUCACUGACGCGGACUCCGUAUCCAAGGGCGCGAUCUCCUUCUAUUUUGUCGAUCCUGCAUACCCAACUGCUCAGGCCGGUACAAAUACGGGAACCUAUUCAUACUUCAACAUAAACCCUACUACUGGUUCUAUCAGUUUAAAGAAUUUGAUCAAGGAUUUUCCGCAAGACGUCGCCACACUGAGCAUUGCUGCUGAAGAUAGACCUGCGAAUCAACCUACCCUCUGGUCGAAUGUAAUACAGAUCCAAGUAAACAUAUCGGAUAACACCACAACGCCGCAGUUCAAUACUAUUUACAACGUCAACAUCACCGAAGGACCUCUCACUUUACCACUGGAUCUUACUCAAGUCAGUGCGUUUGUUUAC